AUGGCUUCAACCAAUACUGCCGUAUAUAAAUUCAAUCAUUCGAUGAUUCGAGUCAAGGACCCCAAGGCCUCCACUAAAUUCUACGAGUUCCUGGGAAUGAGCCUUGUCAAGAAGCUUGAAUUCCCCGAUAACAAGUUCGAUCUCUACUUCUUUGGCUACGACUCGCCCAAUGCCCUGUCUCACAAUAAGAGCGCUUUUGACAGACAAGGUCUCAUUGAGUUGACUCACAACUACGGCACUGAGAAUGACCCUGAAUACAAGGUGAACAACGGUAACCAGGAUCCUCAUCGCGGCUUCGGUCACACCUGUAUCGCGGUCGACAACAUCCAGGCCGCCUGCCAGCGAAUUGAAGAUGCUGGUUACAAGUUCCAAAAGAAGCUUACAGAUGGCCGCAUGCGAAACAUUGCUUUCGUCCUUGACCCUGAUGGUUACUGGGUCGAGGUUGUCGCCCGAAACGACUACAAGGAGACUGAGAACGUGAAGGAGACUGACGUGUCGACUUACACCAUGAACCACACCAUGCUUCGCGUCAAGGAUGCCGAAAAGUCCCUGAAGUACUACCAAGAAGUCCUUGGCAUGUCUCGCCUCCGCACCCUUGAGAACCCCGAGGCUGGCUUCAACCUCUACUUCCUCGGCUACCCUGGCGAUCAACCCUUCCCCGAGGGCCAGGACGACAAGGCCAUCACUCACCGAGAGGGUCUCCUUGAGUUGACCUGGAACUACGGCACCGAGAAGGAAGAGAACUUCAAGUACCACGACGGCAACAGCGAGCCCCAGGGCUUUGGUCACAUCUGUGUCUCGGUGGAUAACCUCGAAGCCGCUUGCAAGCGUUUCGAGGAUAUGAACGUCAGCUGGAAGAAGAGACUUACAGACGGACGCAUGAAGAAUGUCGCUUUCUUGCUGGACCCUGAUGGUUACUGGAUUGAGAUUGUUCAGAACGAGAAGUUUUCUGGAAAGGAGAACUUCUAG